UCCUCCCAUAGGUUCGGUGCAAAGGUAACAGAAAAACCGGGGGCUUUAUAAAGACCCGCUUUGGAUCACUCUGUCUCGCUGCUUCGUUUCAUUUCUUCGGUUUUUCUUGUUUCCUCCAACACACAUCAUCAAAAUGCCCAGCAAGAGGAAGAAGAACAAGCGUCGCAUGAGGAGGGUGCAAGCCCAGAGGAGAGCCCUCGAAGAGCAGCAUGCAGCCAACCCGCCAGUCAAAGCGAGCCCUGGGAUCGCAGUGAGUGUGCCCCCUGCAGCAGCCCCAAAGAAAGCGGUUAAAGCGCCGGCACCAGUACCAGCACCAGCACCAGCACCAGCACCAGCACCAGUAGAAAAGAUCCCAGAGGCAGUACCCAUUGCUGUCCCCAUUGUGGAGACCCCCAAAGUAGAACCAGAACCUGUUGUGAAAGAACCUGUCGCAGAGCCCGUCCCAGUCGUGGAAGAAGCACCAGAGCCUGAGGCUGUGGUGCUGGAACAGACUCCUGCAGAAGUUGAGGUUGAAGUCCCAGCACCGGUCACUGAAGAAGCACCAGUCGUCGAGACUCCACCAGUAGAGCCCUCUGAAGUUGAUGGUGCCAUUGUACAGGAGGCCGAACCUAUCAUUUCCGAAACAGAACCAGUACCUGAGAUCACACCCCCAGCUGAGGCUCCAGUGGCGGCUCCUGCUGAGAUUGAGUCGCACGAUGUCUGCGAGCCAGAGCCCGCAGUGCAGGCCGAGGUCUUGGCAGAGGAAGAAGCAGUCACUGAGGCUGAGGUGGAGGUGGCCGUCACAGAAGAUGUCACCAUGUCAGAACCCGUAAUCGAAGCCACUGAAGAACCAGUGGUAGAAGCAGUUACCAGUGACCAAGUUCCUGCCGAAGCAGAGCCCGUUGCAGUAGAGGCGGUUGCAGAAACAGCAAUGGAAUCGGCGGAGGAGGUCGUCCCAGUUCCACCUGAGCCAGAACAGGUGGCUGAAGAGGUCGCCAGUCCAGUAGCCCCAGCUGAGGAGGAUGAAGCUGAAGUAGAAGUGUUGGCUGAAGAAGAAGCACCUGAGGUCGCUGCUGAGCCUGUUGCAAUCACAGAGGAGGUUCCCGCCCAAUCUGUGGAAAUCCCAGUGGUGCCAGACACCGUCCCCGAGGCUCCGGUAGAGGAGGUGGAAGCCCCCGUAACUGAAGUCAAAGAGGAUGUUGCUGAUACGCUGGUUGAUGACUUUGUUGUCACAGAAUCUGUCACAGCGGUGGAGAUUGCCAUUGCCGAGUCUGCUGCUGUCCAGCAGGAAACUGUGGCCAUGAACGACGCUGUCAUCGCCCAAACAGAAUCUGUAGAUGUCACCCCCACUGAGCCUGAGCCCGUGCCUGAGCCCGUGCCUGAGCCUGUGUCCGUGCCUGAGCCCGUGUCCAUGCCCGAGCCCGUGCCUGAGCCCGUGUCCGUGCCCGAGUCCGUGCCCGAGCCUGCUCCCCCUGCAGAGGAAAUGAUCGUUGAUGCCACUGCUGAGCAGAAAUGUCUGGAUGUGCUGUCAGAAGAGCCAAAGUCGGAAAUCUGUGACAUGCCAUGUCAAAUGCAGCAGCUCGCUGCAGAGUCUGUGCAGCUCAAUUCAAUGGAGAUGUCAGUGGAGACAGCGCUGAAUGGACACAUUGUUCCAGAGGUCUCCAUUGAGGGCUAGAUCCACACCACACAGCUCAAAAGACCUUUUUUUGUCUUUAUUCCCCUCUGUCAUUUGGAAGACUCAAAGCUUUACUGGGAGUCAACCGGCUGACCCUUUUUUAUUAUUUAGGGCUUACGACAGGAUCGCCGGGAAAUUGAAGGGACAUCCACACUUUGAAGUGCCUUUCCUGCCCUGGUUCCUGUCAAAAAACCAAACCAGAUGUCAACAUGCCAAAACUGCUGCAUUCAAAACAUCAGAUCAGACUGUAGUCAUAAGUGUGCAGAAAUGGAAACAUAUUGUGGCUCCUUUUUAAUCUGUAUUUCUCCCCAAAAGUAUGUACAGUGAAUUUGCAUUAGCAGUGGAAGCAGAAGUGAUUGAGAGAUGGAGAUUCCUCAAACAAGAUAAAUGGCAGUGCCUGGUUAUUUCUUACAUGUUCCCAUCUCUCCAGAACAUCUCUUUCCACUACACAUACACUCAAUGCAUGUGAAUACCGUAGCAUUGAUGAAUGUGGCUAUAAUUUCUACUUGGGCCUAUGUUCAUAAGGAUGGGAGGGAAUUUUUUUUGUUUUUUUUUUGUUUUCUUGUUUCAGACAGACAGAUUUUGCUCGUUAGGCUCUUGUUUCUCAAAGAGGCACAGUCUUUACCUUAGCCUCCGUUUCUGUCCCCUUCUCUGUCCUCCAGUUCUCCUCGCUGCCUCAACUAAGUGCCAUUGCUUUACAUUAGUCUGAUGCUAAAACACAUCCUACAACUACAGGUGAAAGGAUUUAUGGCCACUGGAGCCUGGAGACAGACAGAUUUUGAGGGGAUGAGCUUAGAGGUCAUUUUCUGUUUCUUGUUUUUUUUUUUUUUUUCCUCCUUUUCUAAUUCAUUUUGUAUAGACCGUAUGAUGUGCUACAGUUUUGUGUUCAAAGUCCGAUUUCUGGAGGGGAGAUGUGAUCUGA